GUACAAAAAUAUAUCUGAGAAAAAAGUACAAACGAUAAAAAGUUACAAAAAAAAAAAAAAAAAAAAAAAAAAAAAAAGAAAUAAAGUACAUACAAACACGAACACAAAAGCAUACACAUAUACACGACGAAACAAAAAGAACACAAAUAAAAAUCCGUCAGUGCCAAAUCGAAAAGACGUGGAGGGAAUAGACAAGCGCGAUUAAUAGUUGUUGUACAUUUAAAGGAAAAAGUAUACAGAGAACGAAAGAAAGAGAGAGAAAGAGGAGAAGAAAGCAAAACCAUAAACCAAAGAAUCUACCAUUUUUUCUACUAAUCACUCAGAGAAUAACGAUACUCUUAAAGCAAAAGAAAGUGACCAAGAGUGAGAAAGAGAGAUAGAGAGAGAAAGAGAGAGAGAGAGAGAGAGAGAGAGAGAGAGAGAGAGAGAGAGAGAGAGAGAGAGAGAGAGAGAGAGAGAGAGAGAGAGAGAGAGAGAGGAAGCGAGAUAAGCAUCUAGACUUCCGUGAUCCCAAACUAAUUAAGUGAAAAUCAUCCGCGUAAAGUCUUUUGUAAACUAUAUGAAUUUAUAUAAAUAAACGUUAAGUAAGAAGUGAAUCUUUAAAAAAGCACUCGGCUUCAAUCCGAGAUUUACAUUUAGCGACGUCAAAUGUCCUUUGGUAACAAAAUCAGAGUUCGCACGAACUGGUGCAUAUCCAAUUGGUGAAACGGAAGAGAAAAGGAGAGAGAGAAAAAGAGAAUACCUAUCUACCAGUUUCGAGCUCCAGAGCUAUCAGCUCCAGAGCAAAAGAGGAAAAUAGAAAAAGAACGAGGACUGUCGUUCGAAUCGAGUCGACCUCCUGCACGCAGGAGGAGCGUUAAAAACAGGAUGACGUGGCGAGGAAGAUGAGCGCCGAGGUGACGAAGGAGGUCGUCGCCACCGAGAGGGUAGCACCGAGCCCUCCGGCGGCGGUAGCGACCUCGCCAACCUCUGGUGACCCGGCUCGUCACCUGCCCCCGUUCAGCAGCUUCGCCGGGGACAGUACGAUGGACAGCUCUACGACUUUGACGACCCUUCAUUCCCAGGACGUUGGACUGGGCCUGACGUCGUCCUGGGACUAUUAUGAGGGCCUGACAGGUCGGUUGAUCGACUCCCGUGGCGAAGUGGUUCUCGCUAGCCAAUAUCGUCCUUGGGAGUCGAAGAACGCUGGUGGUGUCGUGUCUGCUGCAGCACCAACCGGUGAAGGAUUACCAAGUUUUGCAAGUCAAUUUACCGCACCGAGUGAAGCCGAGCCCCAAUUAACGGCAUUGACGCCGUUGUCGCCAGCAUCCAUCUCUCAUUCGCCACCCGUUACAUCAGCUGUAGGUUUGCCCAGUUUUCAUACUCUUGGGACACCUUUACCGGCGCCUCAUCCUCAUCGCGGUACCGUCGGUUAUCCUCUCGUACCGGCACCCGUUCAAGCGAGAGAGGUACCGGCUCUGCAACAACAGCUACUCGACGAGAGACAUAUUCAACUACUCGGUUCUAGUCCCGUCCAAGCGUUCCCACCACCUCCAGGUCAUCCUCAUCAUACUGUUUUGACCGUAGUCAAGCCCGAAUAUCCGCAACUUCAUCAUGCCAACUUCCAAAACCCAAUGUCGACUGUCCUCGAUUCCUCACCAACCUCGAGGGCGAUCGGCAUCGACGGACGUAAGAAAGAACGGAGAAAAAUACGGGCUGGUUCGAUGGAAUCCGAAGAUGGUGGUGGAGGUGGUGGUGGCGGUGGUGGUGGUGCUGGUAGCGUUGAAAAUUCUGGUCAAGUCGCGGCAGUAUCCUCUACCGCCAAUCGUGGUCCUCAUCAUAUGAGUGGCGGAAUGGGUGAUGCCGACGGUGACGGUGGCCUCGGUGAUAAGCCGGCUAAAAAGAAACGCAAAAGGUGCGGGGAAUGCAUCGGAUGCCAACGGAAGGACAACUGUGGAGAUUGCGCGCCGUGUAGGAACGAUAAGAGUCAUCAGAUUUGCAAAAUGAGGCGGUGCGAGAAACUCACGGAGAAAAAGCACCUAUAUCACCUACAGACAGGCGAGGGAGCGUUCAGGGAAAGAGGAAGAGGUCGAGGGAAAGGUACUACGAGGAGUUAUCGAAAAAUCGCUCGACAAGUCAGCACGCCAGACAGUGCACCCGCAGGUCUUGGUAGUCCUCAAGCAGGCAUCGGUGGUCUGCAGCAACACCAACAACAACAACAGCAACAGCAAGCGCAGCAGCCUCUGCAUCAGCCGGAUCCCAUGCAGCAGGCCAAGGACAACCUGAACCCCGCGGCGAGUCAGCAAACGGCGGCUCUCAGAAACGGAAAUCCUCCGCCACCCGUUGUCUCCAUGUCUCCCGGUGUAGUGCCAUUUUAUGGAGAUUCUAGUGCUGGCUUUCGACCGGCAGCUGGUUUCGGUAAUACAGUAUGGCAUCAGGGAGUUGGUCCUGUGGGUGCAGUCGCGGUUGAAACCACGCCAGCUGCAUGGCCACCUCAACAAUUUAUUCAACAAAUUCCUGCUCCUAAUCAGUUAGAAGAAUUAAGAUAUCACACUCAAUACAGCACCGCAACGCCUUAUCAUCCUCAACCAGUCGCGUAUCAACAGCAAACUUUUAUAACUACUGAUCAAUCGGCAUUUCAACGAGCCGGGACUACAGGACAAUAUACAAUUACGGGGCAACCUUCACCCUUAACACCAGUGGCACCACAAACGGCAGCUUCGACACCUCAAAGGCCAUUAAAUGGUCAAUUUAUGGAUCCUGCUUCAGCACCAACGCAACCCGUUGGUUACGAAAGACAGGAUUAUGUUAACGGUUACCAGCAGCAGGAUGUGACAAUGGCACCACCACCUUCGACUACUCCAACAAGCCGUAGUAGCUCCGUACACAUGGAUACCCAACAGGCACAACAACAACCACCACAGCAGCAACAACAGCAACCUCCUACGGACACGCAAGUAAAAGGGUUUGCCACAAUUGCUGCGAAUAAUGUGUCGGGAAACGAGAUGCCUGGGUAUCCACUUCAACCGGGCCCACAGAGUUUACACAACUCUAACGGAUAUCCAGGCUACGUGGAAAUGGGUCAACAACAGCUACAAAAUCAGUGGCAAUCACAAGUUGCUCAACAACAUCAGCAACAACACCAACAACAGCAACAUUUGCAACGGCAACAUACUAUGUCGGAUACUAGUCAACGACAUAUAUGGACUGACACUAGUACGAGUUCAAAAAUCAGUGGUGUAAAUAAUAGUAAUAUGACGUGGUCGGAUUCUACUCUUCAACAACACCAUCAACAGCAAAAGUCUUCAAAGCAGCAGCUUCAGCAACAGAGUAUGCAGAAUACUAUGAAGCAGCAAAAUGAGCAACAACAAGCUAUGCAGCUACAAGGACAACAAGAGUUGUCAAGACCGGGUAGUCAUAUGAGUUGGGAAAAUGGUACCGUAAAGGAACCUCAAACUCCUCAAUCGUGGACUGACAAUACUGAGAAUCAACAACAACAACAACAACAAUCUCAACAAACUCAGGGAAGUUGGUCGCAGCAAAGUCCUAAAUUAAGAGAUACUCAGAACUCAAGAUUGACGCCAUCUACCCAAAAACAACAUCAGGGGUGGCCACAACAUUCUCCAAAAUUACCAGAUCAUCAGCAAAAUCCGUCCCAACAAAGUUCAAGAGUAACGCCUUCUGGUCAACACUCGUGGCAACAGAGUAGUCCUGAAAUACAAACGCAACAAAAUACAGGUCAACAAAAUUCGGGAUUAAUUAUAUCCUCUCAGCAAAUACAACAGCAGCAAUGGUCGCAACAAACCAAACUUGAACAAAAUCCAAGACUGACUCCCUCCAAUCAAAUGACAUGGCCAGACACACCAACUAGUCAACCCAACUGGUCACCCAAUAGCAUGAAAAGUGAAUCCAGUCAGCAACCUCAACAACAAUGGCCAGAUUCUCAACCUAGUCCAAGAAGAACACCUGGUCAUCAAUCUACGACAUGGCAAAAUCAAUCAUCGCAAGAAACUAAAAUGGAUAAUCAUAUGACGUGGUCCCCAUCUUCAGUAAGUGAAAAUCAACCUACGUGGGGUCAGCAUACAUCGAAACAAGAUAUGCAAAAUUCUGGGGAAAGAAUCAUGUGGCAACAAAAUGCAGAUAAUAGUAAAAACAAUGGAUAUUCGGAUAAUCAAGACAACCAUGAAAACAAUGUGUAUGCUCAAUCAAAUCGAGUGAAUCUGAACAGUCGGCUCAAAUCAAUGAUUUUAAGCAAACAACAACAACAACAUCAACAGCAGCAACAUCAACAGCAGCAACAUCAACAGCAGCAACAACAUCAACAGCAGCAGCAACAUCAACAAAUGCAGCAGCAACAUCAAGUGAACCAUCAAGAACAGCAACAGCAUCUUCAUAUGCAUCAUCAAAUGCAAGGUCAGCAUAACAUUAAUAACAUUAUUGGAUCAAAUGGAGAAUAUGUCGGAGAUGAUCGGUUACGAGAGUCACAUGAAAAUUCAGAGAAAAUGCAAGAAAAGAGAACGGAUCAGUACCUCAAUCAAUCGACAAUCAUGUCAAUGGCGCAAUCUAAUGAAAAUCUGACCGGUAAUUUUUUAUUGCAUAGCCACCACCCUCGGGUCGAUAGUUUGCCCGAAGGUGGUGGCUUAUUAGAAUGGACAGGAGGUGGAACCAGUUUAACUAAUCAUAACGUACUAACAGAGACCGGUGUGACUGCUAUAGAAAAUUUUAUGAAAUUCGCGACAGAAGAUAAAAUUGUCCUUGAAAAGCCUUCUGAGGAACAACAACAUAUGCACGAACAAACUCAGCAACGAUUAUGGAAAGACCAUAAUAAACAUCAUGAUAAUUCUAUCAUAGAAGAAAAGACGUUUCAGCAACAGUGUGCUGAAAAAAAAACACAAAGACUCGAAGAUCUACGAGAAGAUACGAAUGCAACUAAAAGAGCAAGAGAGGACAACCUUGAUUUUAUGCAGACUGCGGAUACUUCUGUCAUCAGCAAAAUUGUAGUUGAGAAUGAACAAAGAUCCGUUGAAAUGAAAGCAGACCAGUCAUCCACGAAAGAGGAAGAUAGUUCGGAGGUAAAGUACGCUUCAGAUCAAACCAUCAAGCAGGAGAACAUAGGAGACUACAAUUGCGCCAUACCCGAAAGCAUUGAAUCCUGCAAUGUUUCUAGAGGAGAAGACCAUACUACGCUGCCUGUAAAAGCUGAACCUGGUCAAACAUCGCAUGAUGCUUCGGACUAUAAAUUUAGAGGCGACGGUGGUCCCGCCAAAGUAUCACCAGGUACUGGUUCAUGGUGCUGUCGGAGAGGUGGUACGGAGCAACCUACGCCGGAACACCUGCGCGAAGGUUGUUGUCAAGGUCUUCAGACGAGGGAUGAAAUAUUAGCAGAUUCUCAACAGAAAUCAGACUCUGAUAUAAAGAACGAAGGAUCUAAUAGUCCGAAAAGCGGCAACGCAUCAUCGACAACUAAAUUGCAAGAUCAUUUGGACAAACUGAAGAACAAUGUUAGGACCGAAGUACCGGACUGCAACUGCUUUCCUGCUGAUAAAUGUCCACCUGAACCCGGCUCGUACUACACUCAUCUCGGAGCGGCUGCAAGUCUGUCUGAUCUUCGGAACGAUCUUGAAAGAAGAACUGGGCUGAAGGGAAAUGCAAUAAGGUUCGAGAAGGUCGUUUAUACUGGGAAGGAAGGCAAGACUACUCAAGGGUGUCCAAUGGCUAAAUGGAUAAUACGACGAUCCGGCAUCGAUGAGAAGAUCCUUUCCAUAGUGAAACAUCGACAAGGUCAUAAAUGUGCGACGGCAUGGAUCGUUGUAGCCAUGGUUGCUUGGGAAGGAGUUCCAACUCAUGAGGCUGAUCGCAUUUAUUCCCUUUUGAGUCACAAAUUAAAUCGCUUUGGUCUUCCAACGACCAGAAGAUGUGGUACUAAUGAACCGAGAACCUGUGCUUGUCAAGGACUUGAUCCUGAUACCUGCGGAGCGAGUUUUUCUUUCGGAUGCUCUUGGUCUAUGUAUUACAAUGGUUGUAAAUAUGCAAGAAGCAAAACUGUACGAAAAUUUCGAUUAUCCGUUCGGUCAGAGGAACAAGAGGUUGAAGAGAGGAUGCACGUUUUGGCUACACUUUUAUCACCUUUAUAUUUGAGUCUUGCACCGGAAGCAUUUAAUAAUCAAACUCAAUUUGAACGAGAAGCAAGCGAAUGUCGAUUAGGAUUUAAACCUGGGAGACCCUUUUCUGGUGUAACGGCUUGUAUCGAUUUCUGUGCUCACUCUCAUCGAGAUCUCCACAAUAUGAAUAACGGAUGCACUGUGGUAGUAAGUCUGACAAAGCAUCGAACAUUAGCGAAACCUGAAGAUGAACAGUUACACGUACUUCCUCUUUACAUUAUGGACGAUACAGAUGAAUUUGGUUCAAAAGAAGGACAAGAAGAAAAAGUUCGCUCUGGGGCUUUAGAAGUUCUGAAUAAAUAUCCUUGUGAGGUCAGAGUCCGAUCGGUUCCUCUUCAACCUUGUCGUCGGCAUGGAAAGAAAAGAAAAGAUGAGGAACCUGAUACUGUUGCAAAUAAAAAAGACAUACAAAGGCACACUAACGCGUCCGAUAAAAUAAUAGAAGCAAGUCGUGCAGUGAAUCAUCAUGAUUUGUCCAGAACUCCAGCAAGAGAUACGCAAUUAUCUUUAGAAAUGGCUUCAAUGUUCGAAGGUAUGGAUGCGCAAUUACAAAGUUCUCAGGUAUCAUCAACGGUCCUCGAUAGUCCAGUGUCUAUGUAUCAAGGUUGGGGUUAUCAGGGUGAACAACAAUGGAGUCGAAAUGGUUGGCUCGAUCAAAGAAAAAAUAAUUGGUUAAAUCCCUGGGGAGAAUAUGCCUUUGGUGGUUUAGAAAGAGACACUAAAGUAGAUCCAGAUAGCACUAGCUUGGAUGAUAUCAGACCACGAAGUACAGUUUCGCAGGAAGAUCAUAGACCAGGUUCAAGGAAUUUACCAAACUCCACCAUGGAUUCUCCAAGAGGUACUUACACUCAUUCUCCAAGAGGCCAUCCUAUUUCUCCGAGAAGUUCUCAUCCAUGCACACCUGGUGAAGCAGCUUAUGCCAUGUCACCUAGAGGAUGCCCAUCAACGCCGCAGGAUCCAAGAAUGGCUUCUCCAAGAAGUUCGGGAUACCCUACUACACCUGACGGUAGUUACAAUCAUGCAACUUCUGCGAGAAGCUAUCAGCAUAUUUUUGAGACCAGACAAAACAAUGCGUCUCCAAGAGCAGGAUACUUUCAUUCACCGACCCAUUUAGAUGUUAUGCAAAAGAAUUUACAAUCACGAAUACAUCAAUCACAAGCAAAUGCGAAUAACAUUCGUCAUGUUGGUCAAAAUAACAUGGACAAUCAAUCUAGAAUGAGACAAGAUGCUAGUCAACAAAAAUACUCUGGUGCAUUGUCACAGACUUAUUUAGAAUCACAGAAUUCUACAAGAUUUAUGUUACCAAAAUCACAAACCGAGCCAUCCUUUUCAUCAAGAGUACAAAGUCACUAUCUUUCACAAUCCGUUCAACUAGGAAGAAACGCUACAUAUCAAAAUCAACAUACCGAUUCUAAUUUAGGGGAUGUUUUUCCUGGAUAUAGUGGUACUUCCUGCAUGGAUGGUAAUAGUCACAAAUCACUUGGUGCUACGAACCCAGAUUUCCUCCUUCAGGGUUCCUUAAAUCUUCCAUCUAUUCCUGAUCAACAAAGUGAUGUGCAAGGUCUUCUUAGUUCAAGCGAUCAAAAAAGGUACUUUGGUCGUUUGCAAAGACAAACGGAUUUAAAAACUUCAACAACCCCUCAGUUUCCAACCGUGUCUUCGGAACAAGGAAGUUAUGGAAGCAGUUGGAACAUGUUUAAUUUAUGGUCUUCCGAAACUUCAAAAUCGAUGGAACAUCAGACUCUUUUUAACGAGCAUCAAAAUGUGGCGGAGAAAAUAAAUAAUCAAGCGGAUCAUCAGAAAAAUUCAACUUGGCCCGAAAGAUUACCAAAUGUUGAUCAAGCGAAGCCAACUUGUUGGGAAACGCAAACCGAACCAUCCCCUUUCCGUAUACCCAAAGGAAGACCACCUUCGAGAACAACAUCGGGUCAACAUUUGUCUACCGAUGCUAAUGCUUAUCCAAACACAUUUGCAAGAACUUUUUUGAAACCGCAGGAACCAGCAAGAAAUAAUACUUUUGCGGAUAGUUUAAGCAAUGGGGUACAAGCAUGUGUACCCAAUCAGAACCAUCAAAAACGAACAGAUUGGCAUGAUGAGAAAUUAAGAGAAGGAUUUCAUGAUGGACGACAAGAGAUCGUUAAUUCGAAUACCACUUCUUUAGCUUGGGCGGAAGAAAUGAAGCAAGUUCAAGAUUUGCACGCCAUGUCAAGCUUGGGUCAUCCUCACGCAUUUCCACAAUACGGUUAUCCUACGUAUCCAGUUUUUGAAAAACCAUAUCCAAAUUCUUGGGAAGGUUACAAUUAUCAUCAACCUUAUCACCCACAAGCCGCACAAUAUCCUCCGCAAUUUUAUCAACAACCCAAAAGGGACGCCUGCUUCCAUUCUCCGCAAUAUCCGUAUCAAGGUAUACCACCGUAUCAGAGUUUAAAUACAGGCUGGCCAAGAUGGGAAACUUCUCGUUGGGACAUUUAUGGACCCCCACCAUACUUCCCGGUACUUCCUGAGCCACCACCGAAAGCGGAACCACUCGGUGAGGUAGCCGAUUAUUCCGACAACGAAGAGUGCUUCAAAGAUCCACAAAUGGGAGGAGUUGCUAUAGCUUUAAGUCAUGGUAGUGUUUUAUUCGAAUGUGCGAAACACGAGAUGCACUCAACGACGGCCUUGAAGAAACCCAAUCGUCUUAAUCCGACUAGAAUCAGUUUGGUGUUUUAUCAACAUCGUAAUCUUAAUAGACCAAGACACGGUUGGGACGAAUGGGAAGAGAAAAUGAGAUUGAGGAAGUUGGGUGUUGUAACGACAACGACUACCAGCUCGUCGGGUACGUCACCGUUAGUGUCCACAGCAGUUACUAGUCCAGCUAGUACGGUGAAUAAUGAGAAGCUACCACCACUUCCUCAUAUAUCUACCGUACCAAAUUCACAAUUCAUGAUGAGGUCGCCAACGUAUACAACCAUGACUUGGACAACACUUUUUCCUAUGCAUCCGUGUAUGAUAACAGGUCCGUAUCAAGAAGGAGGAGCCAUCGGAUGAGCCAUUAGCGGAAGGUACGAUUCCAAUCGACCAUGAUUGCGGAUCGUACUGGGGUUUGAGCGAAUAACUUAAAAAAAAAAAAAAUGAGCGUACAGGGAAGAAUAGGAGGGAUCAUUGUUCGUAUAGCCAUAUUGGUGAGGUGUGCCUGACCGGCACUAAAAAUAGGAACGAUCCAUAUAGAGUUGAGCCGAACGAAGGCGAUAGGGUGCGAGUGAGAGGGAGAGAGAAAGAGAGAGAGAGAGAGAGAGAGAGAGACAGAAUGAAAGAAUGAAAGAGGCAUUGCACGAAUCGGUAUCAACUCAUUUCCAAAACCCGUUUUAGACGUAUAUUCUUCUUUUUUUUUUUUUUUUUUUCUCUCUCUAUAAGAUGUUCUAACGGGAAGACUUUAAAACUAAUGAAAAGGAAUAGAAAUUGUCCAAAUAUGUAUUUUGGAGCGCAUUAUUUUAAUAUUGGAGUAGUUCGUUAUCGACGGAGCAACAAAACCAAUCGCACUGCCAUUUUUCUAUCAUACGUUUUGUGCGCGAUACAAAAACACGAAACGAAACCGGUUAAUGCGUCUGGAUAAUUAAAAGAAAGAAACAGAAAAUAAAUAAAGAAAAGAAAAAAUAGAUGCUGCGCGCCCAUAACGAACGACAAUUAGGGCGUUCAUCGCGUGAUCUCCCCACCUUUUUUGGGGCUUCCUUUUUUUAUACAAAACUUUUGUUAGACUCACGGUAAGAUGAUUACACGUUAAACAAAUGAAAUAAUUAAAAGAGCGCGCGCACGAGGCGGAUGAUGAAAGUUGAUGAAAAAGGCAAGUCAAAUACGUAGGUAAAGGGGAGAAAGAGAGAGAGAGAGAGAGAGAGAGAGAGAGAGAGAGAGAGAGAGAGAGAGAGAAAGAGAGAGAGAGGGAGAGAGAGAGAGGGAGGCAGGGAGAGAGAGAGAGAGAGAGAGAGAGGAAAAAAGGCAUGGGUAGAUUGAUUAAGGAUAAUGAAUCGGAGAAGUAUGAUAAAUAAUAGGAAAUAUCGAUAAAGAUAUAUUCGUCAUAAUUUUACAAAUGUGAAUGAUAAACAAAAGAAAAGAUAGGAAUGUGAAUUAUCGCGAAAGCGAGAUUGAACUCGAAACGCGUAAAAAAUAAUAGCUAUCAACUUGAUGUCUUACCGUGCACAUGGCUUUGAUACGAUAAACUUUAGGGAAAAACACGAAACAUAAGUAAAAAAAUAAAAAAAUAAAAAAAUAAAAAAAUAAAGAAAAAAGUAAAAAGUGUUAGUAUAUUUGAUUGUACGCUUAAAGUUAAAGAUAUCGCGUUUUACGCGCAGAUGAGGAAGGAUCACAGGUUUCGUAUUGGUAGCAUCGUAAUUUUUCUUAGCUAGUCUACGCCUAGGCAACCGAAUACGAAACGCUAAAGUAGACCAAUUGCACGCGCCUGCGUUCAUGGACAUUGCAAAUAUCAUGGACAAAGAAGAAAAUAAAAAAGGAAAUAGCAACAUUUUGGAACGUUCUAUUCGCGCUUCGUUAUUAUUAUCCGUCACAUUCUUUUACACAUUUACGAUGCCACAUGUUCCAAUUGAUUGAUCAUAUUUGUCCAAUGAAGCGUUUCUAACAUUGAAAAACAGUACAUACACAUAUACACAUAAACACAAACAAGAAAACGAACCAGUAGACGUAACCUCUUAGUUCCGACAAAUUUUUCGCGAAAGCCAUGAGAGAUUGCACAAUUGUACACUAUCAUCAUCAUUACUAUAUCACAAUUACCGAGUAUUUUUCCAGAAGUGUUCGUGUUAUACACAAUACCUAUAUGCACCCAUACACAAACACACAAAUACACACAUCACACAUACACACAAACAAAUACACGCACACAUGCAUAUACAAUUAAUACUUUUCAUUGGGAAGUGAAAGAGAGGGUUAAAGAAAACAUAGGUACAUGUACACACACGAAAGAAAUGAUCUCAAGUCUUAAUAACUAAUUAAACGAUAAAUAUUCUCCUUUUCUCUUUAUAGCCUUUGUAAAUCGCGCUUGUUAUUAUUCUAUACAUAUUCAUAUUUAUUUGUAUGCACGCGUUUGCACCUGUAGUUGUUCACUAAGUAAGUCGUGAGAUGUGGAAAAUAGUUGGAGAAGGCGCGGAUUAUUAAAAUACUAACCAUUCGUCCUUCGGGUCGGCUGAGUACAAAGCAUUUUUUCCUAACAAUCAUGCAAUACGAUUGCAUGCAGGGAUGACGUUAUUAAAUCUUUUAUUAUCUCCGUUUUGUUUCUCUUUUUUUUUUUUUUUUUUUUUUCUUUUUAUCUUUUUAUUUCGGAAAAGUACUACGUCUUCUCCGAAAAAAAGGUUUUGACGUUCUUUAUUUUAUUGGCUUGCUUUUUAACUUUUUUUUUUUUUUUUCUUGUUUUUAUUUUAUUUUAUUUUAUUUUUCUUUUUUUUUUUUUUUAACGUUCUCAAUUAUAAUUGGGAUUGAGUUUUUUUAUUUCUUUUUUUUUCUUUUUUUUUUUUUUUACAUACAUCCUACGUAUAUUGUAUGUUGAAUAUUGAUGUUUAUAAUAUUAUCUAUUUCCCUUUUCUAAGGUACACGAGGUAAAAGCAAAUGGCAUUGUUAUGUGCUAUCGCAAAAUAAGAUAAAGUAAUUUAUCGAAAGUUGACAUUAAAUAGCGCGAGAUUUUUUAUCUUUCUCUUUCCUUUUCUUCUUUUCCUUUUUUUUUUCUUUUUUUCUUUUUUAAUUCGAACGGAUUAACGUAUCGUUAUAACCUUUCCGAGGUUUUAGGCGACUCUAUAACGAUGACUAAUCUUUUCAUUUUUUUUUUUUUUUUCAUCAUCUACGAUAAAAUAAAAACGAUUUGAUUUUUUAUCGUUCGGCCUUUGUAAAUAUUAGGCGACUGUUAUUAGUAAUUUGAAAAUGUCCCGGUUCUUGAUGAAGCACAGUUUUAUAUAAUCUUUUGUCAGUUUCUUUUUAGCUAAUAAGAUUAAUUAAUAAAAUUUGGAAAAGAAGUGUGUGCGCACGUGAAUGCAUGAGAGAGAGAGAGAGAGAGAGAGAGAGAGAGAGAGAACGAGAAGUAUGAAUCUAAAUAAGGGAGAGAAUGAAAGAAAAAAUUUGGAAAUGAAUGGGACAGUCAAAUGGAAAAAAGAUGAAAAAAGAAACUAGAGAAAGAAAGGGAGGGAGAGAGGGAAGGAGGGAGAGAUAAAGGAGGAGGGGAGAGAGAAAGAGAGAGAGGGAGAGAGAGAGAGAGAGAAGAGAAAGGAUCGAUGUUUACACGGGGAUCGUGUAGCUAAAAUUCUACUUAUUUAUUUAUUAAUUAUCGUCGUCGCGACUUUUUCGCUCGAUCCUGCGUAAAAAAAAAUUUAGAUGGAUUUUUAGAUUAUUAAUCAUGCGCGCGAUCUUUACGAUAAUAAUAAUAAUUGAUAACUAAUUAAUUAAUUAGUAAAUAAUAUAAUAAUAAUAUUAAUAAUAAUAUUAAUAUUAAUAAUAAUAUUAAUAUUAAUAAUAAUAAUAAUAAUAAUAAUAAUAACAAUAAUAAUAAUAGUAGUAAUAAUAAUAAUAAUAAUAAUAAUAAUAAUAAUAAUAAUAAUAAUAAUAAUAAUUAUAAUAAUAAUAGUCUACGAUAUAUGGACGCGUAGCACCUUUUAAUCGGAAGACCUUUCAUAUAUAUAUACAUAUAAAAAUUUAUAUAUGUAUGUAUACAUAUAUAUGAAAUAAAAUAUAUAUUUCUUCGCAUUAAAAAAGGGCGAAGUUAAGAAUAAGACAAAAAAAAAAAUUACGUAGAAUAGUCGAAAUUAAAUGAAAAGGAAGAGCAAAACGGAGACUUAGGAGAAUCUACCCCACGCUCGCUGGAGUAUUAUAAGAAUCAUUAAUAUAUUAUCGUUCACAUUAUUAAUGCAUAUUAUAGUAAUUAUAGGCAACAAUAAUAAUAAUUAGUAACAUAAUAUAAUUUAAUCUAUUAUUUAUUAUAUAAGUUUUUGAGACAAAAAAGAAAAAAAAAAUCAUAAGCAUUAUUAUCGCAUUAUCGUUUACUUCACUUUAUUUUUCUCUUCUUUCUUUUUAUUUUCUUUUUAUCUUUUUUUUUUUUUUAUCUUUUUUUUUUAUCUUUUUUUUUUUUUUUUUUUUUUUUUUGUUAUCUUUCAACCGAACUCUACAUUACGGAUAUAUAAAAGAGCGAAAAAACACGUAUACAUAUAUAAUAUCAAUUAUUAUAGCCGAUAUCUCCACAGGAAGUGCAUCGCGUCUGAUUUCUGGACUUUCAUCCUUUUUAUCUUGUCACCUUGUAUUUUCAUGAAUAAGAGAAUAUUUUAUGGCGCACGAAAGAAUGGAAGCUAAAGAGAUUGUGUAAAUACUCGUGUAAUACAGUGAAUGCGCGCGAGUUUUUCACUCUUUACUCUAGUUGACUAUACUAUAUUUUGCUACAGUUUAUAACGUCAGAUGUUAUAUUAGAGAGAAAAUACAGUGGGAAAAAAAAAAAAAAAAAAAAAAAAAAAAAAAAAAAAAAAAGAAAGACCUUUAUCUCGAUUCCAAUGCAUAUCAUAAAAACGUUGCAUAAGACGCGAAGAAUGAAAAUUAGAAUGGGGGUGGUGCGUGAAUAAAACUAAAGAUAAAGAUAAAUAGACAGUGAGAGGACCGUAACAUUGAUUAUGAAAUCCGAUGAAAGCGUGCAAUGAGUGAUAGAUUAUUUACACACACGCACACGUACAUACACAAAACAAAAACAAAACAAAACUAAGCGCAUCGUAAUAAUCGAUGCUCGCUCGUAAGUCACGAUGCACGUUCCUCCUCGGUAUUCGGCGCCGAGUUUAAUCCUACGAAAUUGUCGUACAAAUAUUUCCUUUAAGUCUUCAAUUCGUUCUCAUUGAUCUCUUGUUUUCGAUUUUUUACAUAAGGACGGACGGACGGACAGUGAUCCGGAACGAGAGCACAAUAGACACUCGUUAAUUAAUAAUUAUUAAUUUAUCUUCUCUUUGUCUAAUAAUUUCUUCGGGUGAAUUCAGUCUUUCGAUAACUUCCAAAGCGCUCAGGCAAGAAGAAGUAUGAUGUAAAACGAAGAUAAAAAGAAAACAAAAAUAAACAAGAAUGGAAAAGGUGGUAGAACGAGGAACUUAUUAAAUAGCGAUAAAAUAAUUCAUCGUUCCUUUGAUCCUCGUAUCUACGUCCCUGAUUAACAAUUUUUUCGUACUACAAAGAGGCUUCGAAUUUGUAUUUUUUUUAAUCCUUUUUUUAUAAUCAACGUGUGUGUGUGUAUAUAUACAUAAUAUAUAUAUAUAUAUAUUUUUAAAAUGGCUAUUGUAACAUUAUUGGAAAAUUACGUAAAGAAAUGUUUUCUGUCUUAUAAAACUAACAAAAGGAUUGUCUUUAUCUCAUUUCGUAUUAUAUCUUUUUUUUUUAUAAUCGAAUCUUAUAUUUCGACGACUUCCAAAUGCGUAAAUGUAUAAACAAAAGAAAAUGAAAAAAGUUAACUUUAUCGUAAUAGCUGCUUCCACCUGUUACAGGUUACAUACACGAACAAAGUCAGUUACACAACACAAAAACGCGUUAAUUACAAAUGCGCGUACGCGUUCACAUAAAGAAACAUACAUAGAUAUACAUGUACACAAAAAGGGGGAACGUUUUCCUUUACGGGAUGCAAAGUUAAUACUUUAUAUAAAAUGGAAACUUGAAAUUUUAAUGCGACGAUGCCAAAAUAGUAUUAAAGGUAAUAAUUAGAGGUAAAAUAUUUGUAAUAGUAAACAUAAAGUAUAUAAGGAAGUCACUAAUGAUAUAAAUAAAAACGAUUAACAAACACAUACGUCGCAUACAUACGCAGACACAUGUACUAAUAAAUUUAAAAAAAGAAAAGAAAAAAAAAUAACGAUGACGUGGAAAUGCAUUAAAAGUAAAAAAAAAAAAAAAAAAAAAAAAAAAGAAAAAGAAAAAAAAAGCAGGAAAAUAUAAAUAUUUGUUUGAAAGGAACUUGUGAGAGCAGCGAAUAGGAAAGGAAAAGAAAAGUUGAAAAAUGUAUUUUUUCUUCCAAUGCCAAAAAGAUGCCAUUUUGUUUUUUACGAAAAAAUCUACGAAAAAGUCCUAAAAAAAGCGAAGUGAGGAAUGAAACUUUUGAGAUAGUUUGUAGGAAGCAUAUGUAAGUGUAAUAGUGGAAAAAAAUACUUAAUGUAUAUGUCUUGUGAAAUGAAAUAACGAAAAGAUAAAAAAAAAAAAAAGAAAAAAAAAAAAAGAAGAAGAAACACACUUGUCCGCCUUAUGAUGAAGAAGCAAAAUAAUACAAUAGAAGAACGAAUAAGAAUUAAAGAAAAAAAAAAAAAAGAAAAAAAAAAGAAAAAAAAAAAAGAAAACAAUAUUUGUAGUUUACAGUAAACAGAGUUUGAAAGAAUAAACAAUAGUAUAAUAAAAUAUGGACACGUCAGUGUUGCAUUGUCCAAUACCUGAGAUGCAAAAAUUGUGAGAGAUGUUUGGUCGAACGAA